AUGGCACCUCCAAAAACCGAAGACUCUGAACUCGUCUAUCGUUCAACAACUGAAAUAGAAUCAAUAAAACAACAGCAUAAUAAACCAAACACAACCGAAAAAAUCGAACGCAAUUACAUCCCAACAAAUUUAACAAUCAAAGAGAUUCGUCAGGCAAUUCCUCCACAUUGCUUUAAGAGAAGCACGUUACGAUCUCUGAGUUAUCUAUUAAAAGAUCUCUCAAUAAUUGGCAUAUUAGUGUAUGGCGCGACUUUCAUCGAUUCUUUAUUACCAAGAGUGCUACAAUUAAUUGCAUGGCCAACUUAUUGGUUUUUCGCGGGUGCAUAUGCCACUGGCGUUUGGGUACUUGCUCACGAGUGUGGACAUCGUUCAUUCUCACCAAGUAGAACUAUAAAUAACAUUGUUGGGUUUAUACUCCACUCGGCGCUUCUUGUUCCUUUUCACUCAUGGCGAAUUACUCACUCACAACAUCACAAAAAUACAGCGAACGUGCAUAAAGAUCAAGUAUUUGUCCCGAAAACUCGAUCACAACGCGGACUUCCACCAAGAAAAGAUGAUAAUGAUGACGAUGAUCACAUAUUUCAAGAUGCGCCAAUCUACACACUACUGAAUCUAAUUGGACAACAGUUAGCUGGUUGGCCGCUUUACCUGACAACAAAUGCCUCCAGUAGAGCGUAUCCAAACUCGGAAACCAAGUGGAUAAAUCAUUAUAAUCCGUCGGCGCCAAUGUUCAAUCCAAAUCAGUAUACCGAUGUGGUGGUCUCUGAUAUUGGGAUUAUCAUUGCCAUAUCAGCGCUAGCAUAUCUUUCGUUUACGUUUUCAUUUCUCACCGUUGUAAAAUUUUAUUUUAUACCGUAUUUGAUUGUGAAUCACUGGCUGGUGAUGAUCACUUAUUUGCAACAUACCGAUCCAAAGGUACCCUUUUAUCGAGAUGGGCAAUGGGAUUUUGUUCGAGGUGCUGCUAGUACAGUCGAUCGACAUUUCGGAUUCCUAGACAACAUCUUCCACCAAAUUACUUCAACACACGUAGCACACCAUUAUUUUAGCGAGAUGCCAUUCUAUCACGCUGAAGAGGCAACAAAACAUCUCGCGAAAGUAUUAGGUAAAUACUACUUAUCUGAUGACACACCAAUAUUCAAAGCACUUUGGCGAGCUCAUAAUACAUGUAAAUUUAUUGAGGACGACGGAGAAAUUGUCUUCUAUAAAUAUAAAUAA